UUCUGUGUGUGCAGUGUGUAGUGUAGUAUGCGCGCUGUCAGCGCUGUAUCGAAUGUUUAUAACCUGUACACCCAACAACUUUUUCUGUGAAUUACCGUGAAAAGAACUUUUUUGUGAUCGAAUAAACGAUGAAAAUUGUUACAACAGAAAUUUAGCUGAUUGUCUUGUCGAUGUCUACGUAUGACAUUAUUCGAUUCUAAAUUCCAAGUUGCACGAAAUGAUGUCACCGUCCGCUCGGGUUUUCAUAACCUAUAGUAUUUUGCAGUGCAGUAUACCUUCCAAUUUUUAGUGAAAAAUAAAUAUAUAGCAUGUAGCUAGUCGUAUAAAAUUUCGUGAGAAUCGAUUAUACGGAGGUUGGUCAACGAUUAAACUCAAUUAAUCCAGCGAACAACUGGCAUAUUAAAAAAUGGCACAAACAGUUAAAAGUACAUUGAGAAUGUCGAUGGCAAUGCGAAAUUUGGGAACAUCGAUGAAAUCCACAUUGGGUAAAGGAUCCUCUCGAAUGGCUGUUUAUAGUUCAUCCUCCAAUAAAGAAUCACUGGUUGCAGCGAAGCUUCACCUACCAGAUGAACCAGCUCCAGUAUUUGAACGUUCAACAUCAUUGCAGUGGUCGUUGGAAAAUAGCAGAACUUCUGCACAACUUCUCAGCCUAGUUGAAGCGAAUCAAAGAAUAAUGACGAUGACAGAUGUGUUCAUUGCAUUGAGAAAAUUAGUGUAUAUAUCAAAAAUUUCAGCUAAUGAAUUUGAGCAGGUGUAUGAAGAUGCCAGAUUUUUGAUACUGUGUGAGGUACUAAAAAAGAAUAGAAAAUAUUUGAAUGGGAUGAACUCCGUGAACGCUUUGAAGGCAAUAUUACAUUUUAAAGUACCUGUGACGAGCAUUAUCGUAGAAAUGAUUCUAAAAGUGGUGCAACAAGAUCUGAAUUUGUUGAGUCUUGACAAUCUCAGUUUCCUACAUUUCUUGUUGAGAAGAUGUCACAAUUCACCAAUCGUGGAGGAGCUUAAGGUAGCACUGCCAAGAGUCUAUGAAAAUAAUCUAAGCACCAAUUUGGAUCGUGACAACAUUUGGAGAAUAAGAAAUGCCAUCGCAUAUUUGGUCAAAAAGUCAUCAAAUUCUGAAACGUUUAACAUUCUCAUUGAUUCUGCAAUGAAAUGUAAACAGCCCAUAGACCCAUACAGCGCGGCUGGUUUCCUAUGGGCAUUCUGCAGUUUACAAUGUCCCUCACAUAAUCUGCCAAAAGCUCUCAAUCAUGUACAGAAUAUACUUGCUGAAAAUAUCACGCACAUUGAACCGGUAGUCAUCCUGGAGCUGGUGCGAAAAGUUUGGGUGAAAAUGAAGGAAGGAGAACAAUAUUAUUAUCACGAAGGUUUCAUCGAUGCAUGUGCGUCGACGGCAAUAUCUCAAAAUUGGGGUUUGGCUACAACGUUAUGUCUUCUCAGCCGAUUGAAUUUGAUCACUCACACCCAUAUACCAUUGUUGGAUCACAUCGCAGAGAAGUUAUUCAAGAAUGGAACGUUAUCAGAAGAAUAUUCGGUCAUGGAAAUUACUAGUUUUGUUUGCGGUUGCGCGAUAGCCGAGUACAAACCAGUUCCUUUGGACUUAGUCGAGGAAUUAGUUACGAGUGAUCGAGUCCCACAGUUGAUAUAUAACCAAUCACCUCUAUUGAAGUUAAGCGUCAGUUUGUUAGCGUUAGACGUAUAUUGUCCUGAACUCAUAAAAAAAACAUUUGAAGAAUGCAAUGGAAUCAACACCUUAAAAGGCCGCAGAAAAGCAAAAGUUUUAUUUCUGUAUCAGGCUAUCAAAACACUUUAUCCUCAAUAUUCUGGGCCAUGGCCAUGUGAUGAUAUUGCAGAAUUUGGAUUACGUUACGAAUUUUUGGAUUUUCCUCUUCGUGCUUCUCUCGAAGCUGCUGUCGGUGGCUCGACUUAUGUUAUUUCCAAUAUUAGAUCAACACUUGGUCAUAUUAUUGAUCAUGCUAUUGUGAUGCGUAAAGGAGGUUAUCCAGUUGCUAUUAAUGAGGCUAAAAUAAAAAAUGGAGAGAAUUCAGUGAUUCAGUUAAAAGAUAUUGAGCCACCAGCCGGUAGUCAAGUAAUUCUCAUUUUGUACCUACCACAACAUGCGUAUUCGAUCAAUACUCAGAAAAUGAUGGGACCUCGAACAUUACAAAUGAAAAGUUUGGAAACUCUUACGGGAUACACAGUUGUACCGAUUCAAUCAACCAUAUGGACCAGUCUCCCAGCAUCUCAGAGAAUCCCUUACCUCAUGCAAACCAUCAAGCUUAAGUGCGACGAGCGCUUCGAUGCUGGUUUAUGAAAAAUUAUAUUGAUUCCGAUGAAAAUGAAAAAUUGUACAAAUAAAAGACGCUGUGCAGUUAAACAAAA